AGAGAAUGUUGAAAAUAAGAAAAUGCAUCAAACGAACUUUUCUAUAUCGGAUGACGAGUCGAUUGAUGAAGUGUACAACAGUAAUGUGAAAGUUUUUGUGCGAAUUCUACCGCUUGAAAAACCAUGCGAUUCUUGUGCAAAGAUCAGUACGGAUGGUAAGAUAAUAUAUCUGAGAUGCUUGCAAGAUAUGCAACGAGACAAACAGUCGAAACAUCCUAUUUAUUGGGCCUUCCAUAUUGAUAGGAUAUUUCAUGAGAUGUCUCAAGAUAAGGUGUAUUGCGCUACUGCGAAAGAUCUCGUAAAAAAAGCUUUAAACGGUGUAAAUUGCGUACUGAUCGGCUAUGGACAAACAGGAUCCGGAAAAAGUUUCACGAUUGGCGGUUUCAGAAAUAAUUGGGAACAUAGAGGAAUAGUCCAGCGACUUUUAUCCGACAUGUUUAUGGAAAAGGCAAACCGAAGAAAAAUCAGUGACAUACGUUAUCGUUUAAGUUUCAUCGAGUUGAGAGGUAAAAACGUAGUAGAUCUUCUGAUGCAAAAACGAAGGAUUUUUAACGCCAAUGAACGCGGUAUCUUUAAGAAUGUAAUUAUAAUAGAUGUAGAGAAUGAAGAAGAGACUUUGAAACAAGUACGUGAAGGAGAAGGCAGGAGAUCAAUUGUGAGAAGCACAACGUAUCCGGUAUCACAUUUAGGUGCUGCUGUGAUCACUAUUUACGUUUCAAAUGCGAGCUUGAUAAAAUCGCAAGCUAUCGUAGCGACAGCAAAAAUACAUAUCGUAGAGAUGGCUGGAACUGGUAUGGUAAAAUCGAGUUGCUGGAAAACAGCAGUCGACUUAGGUAUGGCGAAUUUAAUGAAAAUACAGCUGGAACAAUAUUUCCUGCAUCUUAGAAAACCAAGUAUGUGCACAUAUAGCGUUAUUCGCUCAAGUAAUUUGCUGAAGCUACUAAAAGAUGCUUUGACUGUCACAUCAAUCAUUCGCUUCAUAUCUCACGUGCGCAUCACGAGAGAAGAUCUCGCAAUCACUUUGUCGACCAUGCGACUGACUGCUAAAAUCGCAAAACUGAAACCGAUCAAGACGAUACGUCACAUCCAGCCACGGACAGAAUUGAUCGUGCAGCAAUUACGGGAGCAAGUAAACACAUUGAAGAAGGAAUUAGAGUUGAAUGAUAUGUUUUUACAUCAAGAGGCGCUACCGAACAUCUCAAAAUCUAGACUCGAGCAGAUCAGCCGAGACGUUAUAAAUUUUUUGCAGGGUUCCAUUUCGGAAUUAACACUUUUUAAUGUUACCCAGGCGCGAGUAUUAGUAAACGUCGUCAAACAAUUAUACGACAAGCUGCUCGCGAAAGAAGUUGAAGCGGAAAACUUAAAAGAAGCGUACAACAAUGUGAUAACUAUGUUAUCGCAACCAGAUGCUGCUUUGUCCUCAUCGUCAUUAAUUUCUCAUGAUGGUGCAUAUUAA